AGACAGGUCGUUUUGAGAACAUCUGUGUAACUUUCUAUUGCUAAAAUGUCACUGCAUAUGUAUAACGAUGGCUACGAGCCUGACUCCAACUAUCAGUCUGACCAGGAAGAGUCUGAUCCUGACUUGGGCUACGACUCAGGCUUUGAAUCUGAAUUGGAGUCAGAAGACCCGUUAGAAGAGUCCAGAGAAGUGGGCCUCUUCAUAGAGCCCACACCCUCCUCAUCCUCUGAUCAAGAUCAGGUCCGUGAAGCUCCAGUGGCCAGAACCCAUGCCCUGAGGGCUGAGGUGGACCAGGCAGUCGCCAUGGCCAUGGCCCCUGUGGACCUGGAGGUCAUGGUGGGCGAACACCAUGAGAUUCUCCAGAGCUCCAGCCCUGAGAUCACCAGAGCACCAGUCUGUCUCAUACUUGCCCCUCAGGUAGUUCCAUCAUGGGUCACCUGGUUUAGAAGCAGGGAGGCAGAACCAGAAAGCACUCAUCCAGCCAGUUCUUUGAGUAAUGAUUAUAGUGGUUUAGAUGUGAAGCGUCGAGAGUCUCCCAUAAGAGAUCCAGAGGACCAGAGGGUCCCGCCCACCAAGAGAAUGAGAGGAUCAGAGGACUCGGACAGUUUCCUGAUCCCUAGGUUGCCACCAUGGGUCACCUUUAAGAGGACCAGGGAGUCCGGCCCUUCUAGUAGCCCAGGCUGUUUCCAACUAGAAGGCCCAUCCUGGAAGAAAUGGAAGAGGUCAGUUGAGGAGAGUGACAUUGCCAUUGUCCCAAGUGUGACAAGGCAAAAGUGUAGGAGAACAUGGGAAUCAGACCUUUGCCCAGGACGUUCUGAGUCCGAGGGAACCAAUCGGAAGAGACAGAGGGUCUGAUGAGGACACUGACUCAACUCAACUGAUGUCAACCAAUCUCAA